UCCAGUGCCACAACAAUCCUCGUCCAGUGGUGUUUUAGGUCUAUUAUCAUCAUUGUUAUAAUCACUCGAACUCAUGUUGGAUACAUUUUUUAUUGAAUUAUUAUCUUCCAAAAAAUCUGAAAAGCAUAAAUACAAGUUAUACUGUUUGUUCCUUCUAAUUAAUAACCUUAUUGCAAAAUACAAUAUUGCUCACCAAGAUUUUAAUAUAAAGAAAACAUGUGAAUUGUGAAUUUUAUCUAUCAUCCAUCUAAAGGUUAUGAGACGUGAAAGGGUUUAGUCAACCAAUCACAAUCAAGUAUUCUCAAACGCAGAUAAAUUCGACUGUGAUUGAUCGAUUUGAUUAUAAACUUUUACAUAUAUUACAGCAAUAUAAUAUCUUUUUUUAUAUAAAAUUUUAUAUAAUAAACCACUUUAUAUCCUAUAUUUGUUCGUAUAUAGCAUUAAUCAUUAUGCAAGUCAUCUGUACAAGAAAUACAUGUCGCGACUUGAAAAGACACCUAAUUGCUUCAAGUAUUUUUUUCAAGCGUGAUAGCGUGAUAAUCAAGUGUAUGCAUGUGUAUGUAUGUACAUCUCUCUCAUACAUUUCGCUAAUAAACCCAUGAACUGUGAACUUUGAAUAAUAUAAAAUAUACCACGUCAUUAUAUAUGUAUAUAUAUUGAUAUAAUUUUGAAUAAGAAUUUUGGAGACAUAAAAUUCGAGCGAGAUGACACCAGGAAGAAAUAACACAAUCAACAGCAAUCAGCUCAGGAAUUCUUCCAGCAUUUCGUCCAACAUGCCAGGACCAUCCUUUCAAACUUUUGGAACAGCUAUUCCACCUCCAUUACCACCUCGCCAACCUGUUCAAAACUAUUUAGGAUAUAGUGAUUACAGACCAUAUAGCUCAAACUAUUAUGGAAAUUAUGGAUAUGGUGGUGGUUACAGUGGUUACAGGGGUUAUGGUGGAUAUGGCUCUUUUGGAAGUUACGUUCCUUAUUCUGGUAACAGUUAUGGACAAUUUGGAGGACACAGUGGUGAUGUAGAAAACAGAUUUCAACAAUAUGCAGAAGAAAGUACGAGGUCGACUUUCCGUGUAGUGGAAACAGUUUUACAUACAUUUUCAUCUAUUACAAUGUUAUUGGAUUCAACAUAUUUUGCUUUGACAAGUUCCUUCAGAGCAUUCUUAAGCGUGGCAGAUAAUAUCGGCAGACUACGGUCAACAUUUGGGCAACUGUUAAGCACAUUUGCUUUAAUUCGAGUUAUGAAAUGGAUUUAUAGAAAAAUUUUAUUUAUGCUUGGUCUUCAAAAUAUGCAAAAUGUUACACCAGAAGAUUUGUGGCAGCAAUCAGUGGCACAAACGACAAACGAAGAACAUACAAUGCCGAUGAACGGACGGAUUUCUUCAUGGAUGAAUAUUCUGUUUCUUGGUAUAUUUGUUGCUAUUCCAUAUUUAAUUCACAAGAUAUCAAAUAGUAUGAAACAGACUGAAAUAAAAGUUAAUGAUCCAAAUGAAUGGGUCAAGUGUGAAGAUCCUGUAUGCGUAGCGACUGCAAUGUAUGAUUUCACGGCGGUUUCUAAUGAAGAAUUGAGUGUCAGAACUGGUCAAAAAAUAUGGUUGGCGCCACGAUCUCUACAGUCAAAAAGUAUACCAGGUUGGUGGAUAGCCACUGAUAAUAGGAGUGUUGGUUUAGUGCCUGCUAAUUAUGUAACUAUAGUGGGACAAUUGAAAAAGAAAUCAGAAUUAGAAAGUAAUGGAAAUGCCACUGAGUCUACACUAAUUCCAAAUUCCAAUAUGAAAAAUGUAAUAGCUUCUAAUAACGAGGCUGAAACAACAUAUAUAAGUACACUAGAACCUAGCACCAGCCAACAAAAUACUGAUUUCUCUGAAACUAAUAUUAAAAACGACUUACUUUAGUUUAAAUGUAGGGGAUAAGGAUAAGGAUUUACUUUAAUCUAAACUUAACUAUUUCAAUAUGUAGUCACACAAUCUUAAGCAUAUAUGUGGCCUAUAAAAAUCUUUAUGAAAGACA